AUGGACCUGUCCGUUGACGAAAAGAAGUCUACCACUGCUGGAGAUGUCGAGCUAGCACCGUCGCAAAAGGAAGGCGAGAUUAUCAUCACAGAGCCCGAGUACACACCAGAGCAGUACAAAGCUGUCCUGCGAAAGGUGGAUCGAUUCUUGCUCCCACUCAUGUGGUUCUGCUAUGGCGUGCAACAAACCGACAAGACCUCGCUCGGAAUUCAAGCCAUCUUUGGACUGCCAGAGGACACUAAACUCGUUGGGCAGCAAUACCAAUGGCUCACCACGAUAUUCUACAUAGCGUACAUGUGUGGAGAGUUCCCAUCCAACUUCCUCCUCCAGCGCUGGUCUCUAGGUCGAGCUCUCAGUAUCUACAUGUUUUGCUGGGGAAUCUGCGUCACUUGCAUCGGUGCGGCUCAGAACUGGACUCACCUGAUGGUUCUCCGCGCCUUGCAAGGUCUGUUCGAAUGUACAAUCUCACCCGGAUUCGUUCUUGUCAUUGGCAGCUGGUAUCAGACUGAUGAACACUCAUCCCGAUCAUUAUUCUUCCAAUCUGCCAAUGCGGGCUUCGGGAUCAUAGGCAACUUGAGUAUGUACGGCAUCGGAUCACAUGCUCUUAAGCAUGGCGGUCUCGCCCCGUGGCGAUCCAUCUCGCUGUUCCUCGGAUCCAUAACAAUCCUCCUAUCACUCAUUUGCUACGGGUUACUAGGAAGUCCCAAGGAAGUCCGAUGGUUGACUGAAGAAGAGCGGAAGAUUGCUCAAGCACGAAUCGUUCAGAACAAAGCUGGCCGAGACGUGCAUGGUGUAAAAUGGAAUUGGGACYAAGCGGCCGAAGCAUUCAAGGAUCCGCAGUUGUACUUCUGCAUGGUCAAUGCCUUCCUUUCCUCCGUCCCCAACGGCGGGCUCACCACGUUUGGCUCAAUUAUCCUCAACAGCUUCGGCUUCACAGAGUUGCAAGUUCUUYUGGUGGAGAUCCCUAGAUCCGUAAUGUCUGUCAUCAUUUUCAUUGUCGUUGGGAUUUACACGCGAAAAGUGCAGAACAGAAGGAUGUACAUCAUGGCUGCGGCUUGUCUGCCGCCAUUUGCUGGACUACUCGCCAUGUCUAUGCUUCCAAACACCCCUGAGUAUCGCUGGGUCAAGUGGGGAAUGCACUUCACCACCGUACCAUAUGUAUUGGCUCUGUUUUUGGGAUGGACUUUGAUUCCGUYGAACGUUGCAGGACGAACAAAGAAAACCGUCAUUAGCUCCGCUACCUUUGUGGGCUACUGUGUCGGCAACAUGGCAGGCAGUCAAAUCUUCAAAACAGAAGAUAAACCACGAUACAUUCCAGGAACGAUUGCAGCUUGCAUCUGUCUCGGAAUGGAAUUCGUCUUGAUUUGUGCUUGGAGAGGAUACUACAUGUGGCAGAACAACAAGCGUGACAAGGCUGCCGCUGCCAGUGGACUCAGCAAGGAGGAGCAGGAAAGGAUGGGACGCGAGAUGGGAGAGAGUAACUGCACAGACCUGGAGAACGUGCAUUUCCGAUAUACAUUGUGA